AUGAGUAAAAGCGCGAUAAGACAAUGGAAUCGCCUAAUUCGUUUCACCGCUAAAGAAGACGGUCGUAUUUACAUCGGCGAGCCACUACUCUCAAAUAUCGAUGUUGGCACAGAAUCUCACAUCCAGGCAGAAACUCUCGAUACACGAUCCGCUCUCACCGCCACCCGACACACAGGCGAAGUUAAGACAGUCUCACAACUGUUAUCACCAAUAGCUUCAAAUGAGGUUGUGACAUCACGCUUUCUCGGCCUGAAUUAUAGAGACCAUGCGGAAGAGUGUGGUAUGCAGCUCCCUAAAGCCCCAAUCUUAUUCUACAAACCCUCAACGGCGCUGAGUGGUCCAAAUGACGUUAUCCCUAUUCCACGCGUCUCGCAGCCGUCUUCCAAGUUCAAAGUGGACUACGAAGCCGAGUUUGUUGCGGUGAUUGGCACACCAGCUAAGAAUGUCACUGUUGGUGACGCUCUCAAUCAUGUGCUAGGUUACAGUCUGGGAAAUGAUGUUAGUGUACGCAGACACCAGGGCGCUACUAGUCAAUGGGGAUUCAGUAAGUCCUUUGACGGGAGUGCUCCAUGGGGUCCAUGUCUCGUUAGUGCACAAAGCAUAGAUGCAGAUAAUGUGCACCUAGGUGCGAGAGUUAAUGGUAAUGUGUUACAAAAUGGCUCAACUAGCAAGCAAAUUUUCUCCCUCGCUGAGACAAUUGCAUUCCUCUCUCAGGGCACCACCCUCGAGCCCGGCUCGCUCCUUUGGACAGGCACCCCGGCAGGUGUUGGCUUCUCACGCACACCACCUAUCACGCUCAACGAGGACGACACAGUCGACAUAUUUUCCAACACGCUACGGGCUACGCUAACCAAUUCGAUUAAAAACGAUUAA